AUUUUGUUUUGCUACUAGAAAAUGCAAGUCGCCAAUAGAUACCCCAAAGGGGAGAUGAUGAGACUGGCAGACAUAAUUGCUUGCGAAUUGGCAUGUAGAGGCUGCCAGGGCUUAAUGUGGCGACCAAUACAACACUGCAUUAAGGGGCAUGCAUAUUGUCAGAAAUGCUACAAAAUUGGAGAACUUUGUAAGCUUUGUGGCAACGAGCAGAUUGGCAACCGCAGCUACAAUAUAGAAAGACUAGUGGAUAUGUUGACUAUUUCAUGCAGAUUUGAGGACAAAGGUUGCAACAGAAAACUGCCGUUCGCUCACAUAGAGCAGCAUGAGAACGAGUGUCAAUCAUACAAGUUCAAAUGCCCAUUCGACAAGAUCCUAAAAUGUCCUUUUACUGGGCUGAAGCAACAGAUGAUAUUUCAUUGCCUCUUAGUGCAUGGACAGUUCACUUUUGUUGAUAGGACUCCAUCGGAAAAACCAAAUCGGGUGACAGCGGAGGUCAUUGUCCAACACCAAGCCCUUCUGUAUUUUCCAGAAGAAACUGUAUUUCGAAAAAAUCCUCCGGGAAAAUGCCAUCAAUCAUCCAGCGUCACCAUCCUACUUCUUCUGCGACAAUGAACACAUGUUUCGAGUGCUACUGAAACUGACCAAAAAGAGCAUGUUCAUAAAAGUGUCCCAAAUGAGACUGCCCAGCGAUACUGAGCCACCCCACGAUUGUAUCCUCAAAAUCUACAAUGAAAAUCAUAAUGUUCUUAAGGCCUAUAGGCAUACGUGCUGCUUAGGUGACGACUUGAGUGGCAACAAUUUUCAGCAAUUGAAGAUCGAUCUUCAGAUGGUCAAUUGUAGUAAUUAUUUUGUAAUCAGCUUUGAGCGAAAGUGAAUUUUAGCAUUUAUAUGGCCGACUAAGCACUAGAUAAUCUACUUGUUUUUAGUAUUUUUAUUGUGGAAGAUGGGGGAUUUUUUUGGUUGAAAUCUCCUAGUUUUUGUUCUGUCUUCACUGUUUAGACGUUAUUUGAAGCUUCAAAUGUACUAAACCUGUGACUGUGAUAUUCCAGAAUAUUUACAAUCAAGAGAGUUGAUUAAGAUUAAUAAACAAUUUUAGAUCGCG